AUGGCUGAUGAUACACCGCACAAGGUGGUCCAUGUCACUGGAUUUGGCCCCUUUCCAGGCGUGCCCGUCAACCCCACCACGAGCCUGGCGGCUUCCCUCGCGAGCCAUCCUGAUGUGGCCAGCAGCUCGGUGGUGAGGACUGCCAUUGGCGGUGCAUCCGAUGCCAUUGCUGCGCUGGCAGCGGCGCAUGCGCUGGUUCCUGGAUCGGACGCUGCAGGAGACUCUGCGGGCGAGGCCGAGGCUGCGGGGGCGAUCGAGACCGGGACCGAGGUCGCACGGCGGACCACACUGCUGCUUCAUCUCGGCGUGGCGGCGUCGGCGACAGGAGUCCGGUUGGAGCAACGGGCAUACAACGAGGCAAGCUUCCGGGUUCCUGAUCAAGAUGGGGCGCAGCUGAGCGACGAGCCUAUCGACGAGGUGAUGCCGACCGAGUCCUGGCUGGAGACACUUCUGCCGCUCGAGCGCAUUGCCGCACUCAUGAGCGACGCACACCCUGACGUCCCGAUCGAGGUCUCAACAGAUGCUGGGCGAUAUUUGUGUAACUACCUGUACUACAAAUCGCUCCGCCUCGCGCACGGCUCGUCAAACUUGCACUCGCUCUUUGUCCACAUCCCCCCGCUCUCAGUCAUCGCGUUUGAGGCCCAAGCCGAGUUUCUCGCUGCCCUUGUCGACGCCCUUGUUGAUGCCAUGCCAUGAGCCCAAGCCCCACUCUCACCCCCCAUUUCCCUCCAUUCCCCCCAUCCCUACCACCAUCUGAACAUUUCUAUCCAUAUCCUC